GCCAUUAUUCGUCUCGUGGGGAGUUGCGAACUAUGCUUGGUUUUCACAGGUAAGCAGAGAGAGAGAGAGAGAGAGAGAGACAGAGAGAGAAGACGAGCUGAUAUUUCUGGUUUUGUCCGCAACUGAACACGGGUUGCUCUGUUUUCCGUGGUGCGUCGAGAACAUGAUGGAGGAGAGGAGGAAGAAGAUGAGUAUCGGCGCGCCGGGUCUGUUGGCGGCGGCGGCGGUCCUUUGCCUGAGCUCUCUUGCCGGUGCGGCAGGGGAAGCGGGGGCGGGGCUGCGGUUCAGGGUAACAAGCGGGGAAUUCAAGAUACUGCAGGUGGCGGACAUGCACUAUGCCGACGGCAGGACCACCCCCUGCGAGGACGUGCUUCCUUCCCAGGUGGCGGGCUGCUCCGACCUCAACACCACCGCCUUCAUCCACCGGAUGAUCCAGGCGGAGAAGCCCGACCUCGUUGUCUUCACGGGGGACAAUAUCUUUGGCUUUGAUGCAACUGAUGCUGCAAAAUCUAUGGAUGCUGCAUUUUCUCCUGCCAUUUCGUCAGGCGUACCAUGGGCCGCCGUAUUGGGAAACCACGACCAAGAGUCCACCUUGUCAAGGGAAGGGGUUAUGAAACACAUAGUUAGCCUCAAGCACACUUUGUCUCAGGUCAAUCCUCCCGGGGUUCAUGUUAUUGAUGGAUUUGGGAAUUACAACUUGGAGGUCCAUGGAGUUGAAGGCUCUGGUUUUGAAAACAAAUCAGUCCUCAAUCUCUAUUUCCUCGAUAGUGGAGAUUAUUCGACAGUUCCCUCAAUCCUUGGUUAUGAUUGGAUCAAACCCUCUCAGCAAUUUUGGUUUCAACGCACGUCUAUGAAGCUUCAGAGAGCAUAUAUGAGUAACCCAGUGGCCCAGAAAGCACCUGCACCAGGGCUUGUUUACUUCCAUAUCCCAUUGCCCGAGUUUGCAAGUUUUGAUUCAUCAAAUUUUACCGGUGUAAAACAAGAAGGCAUUAGCUCUGCUUCUGUAAACUCGGGCUUCUUUGCAACUAUGGUAGAAGCAGGUGACAUUAAAGCUGUUUUCACGGGCCAUGAUCACAUUAAUGACUUUUGUGGCGAAUUAACUGGUAUAGAGCUUUGUUAUGCUGGGGGUUUUGGAUACCAUGCCUAUGGGAAGGCUGGAUGGGCAAGGAGGGCGAGGGUGGUCGUAGCAACAUUAGAGAAAACAGACAAGGCAAGUUGGGGUCCUGUGAAGUCGAUUAAAACAUGGAAGCGCCUUGAUGAUCCAUACCUUACUGCAAUUGAUGGUCAAGUACUUUGGAGCAAGAGCACUAAAGUCAUUGCAGAAAGUGAAUCUGCAACCAUAAAAAUAAAAAAGACACGGAGGGAACAGAAAGAAUUCUGGACGGCAAGAAGAUCUACUUCAAAUUACCAAAAAGUCCCCCUUUCACUCAGUCACACGCACAUGCACGCCUGCGCGCACAGACACACAUGACACACACAGAAGGCGGGAGAGAGAAAGCGUCGAAGGAAAGAAACUCAAUUGCAUCAACUACUUUGCUAGCCUCAUUUGCAUUAACUUAGUUGGAUUCCAGCUUGUAUCCUGAUGCUGGCUUUUCUCAUUCACAUUGCCAAUUUACAAGGAGCAGGAGCUCGCAGAAAGAAGCAGAUUGGUGGUGCUUGAACAGAACUAUGGGA